CUCCAUUUCAUGACGUUAAAGAAGAAACAGACAAUGCGGCCGUCCAUGUUCAGCCACUACAGCAGCAGCAGCAGCAGCAGCAGCAGUCAUACCCAUAUAGACAAGAGUUCCCUCCUCCUGUACCGAUACCCACUUCCUCCAUUGUCCCUCCUCAGGGCGAUCACAGAAAAUCGGCUUUUACGCUUGCUGCUGGGUCUUCUGGCUACAAACGAAAAAGUAGUGAUAGCCAUAAGAGUGCUUGCAUGAUAACGUCUAUGCCACUUUCUUCAUCUCCAAACAAACAGCCUCUCUCUUCAGCAACAUCCUACUCAUCUUCUUCGGCUUCUUCUUCACCCGUACAUUCUGCAGCUUCUCCGACCACUUUGAAGGAUGGCAUGAUGCAUCAUCAGAAUCAGUCCCACCACCCUCUGACGGAAAGGUGCAGUGAUACAAAUGUGAACCACGGUCAUAGAAAGAGAAGAAAAAAAGGUUCAUCGACGUGGAAGGAUCCGACCGUCUCGCCUGCUGCUUCUACAACUCUCCAUGGUGAUCAGCAGAGGUCUUGUUCCUUUUCGCAACAUUCACAACCACCCUCUUCUUCCUCAACGACGCAUUUGAUACCCAUAACUCCUCCUCCUCCUCUUUCUGUUGCUACUCCUACCUCAGCGCUCGCUCCCGCUCCAUCACAGCAACAACACAUAAGUACAGCCGUUCGAACUUAUUAUGAAGUGGACAAAGACAGAAAUGGCAACUAUAUCUUGCCUGUGGAAAUUGAUUCCUGGACGGUGAUUGAUCUUGGUACGGUUGUUUAUGAUCGACCCGCUUACCACAAUCAACGUUACAUUUACCCAGUGAACUAUACUGUAAAAAAAUGGUAUCGAAGUAUGAUUGACCCUCAGUCAGAUACUCAAUAUACUUGUCGUAUUUUGGACAAUGGUCGAGAGCCCAAAUUUGAAGUAACGGCUGAUGAUUGCGAUAUGACUUAUUCAGGACCUACGCCGACAACGGUUUGGACGAUUAUUGUUCGUCGGGCAUUCAGUAUACGCAAUCAAGAAUAUGGUCAUAACCCUGUUGGGCCUGAUUUCUUUGGUUUGCGUAAAAACACGAUUGCAAAAAUGAUUCAGGAUCUUCCCAACGCGUCUCAAUGCUCAAGAUAUGUUUGGCAAAACUUUGAGCCUGCAAAGUUCAAUAAGCCUGGAAGCAGAACGAGACGCCGAACAGAGUCUUCAUCCGGAAAAGGUCUUCAGCAUCCCUAUGGAUUGGUAAAGGAAGGAGCCACAGCAACAACCACCACAAGAGAAGGAGAUGAUCUCUCCUCCACCAACAUGAGUUAUCGUCAUCGUCCUAUUACUUGUAUUGCUGCGGCUUCCUUGUCCACUUUGACAGGAGGCCUUAAUUAUGGGCUUACCCAUGGUCAUCGAUCCUCACAACAGCAAACAGCUUCCAAUACGAUUAAAAGAGGCAAAAAAAAUUGACAAUAGCAACCAUCAUUAAAUCAUUAUAAAUCAUUCUCCAUCAUAAACAAAAAAGCAUCUUGCAAGACAAUUUGCUGAAAAAGGAUAACUAAAAAUAAAUAAAAAUAAAAAAAGCUUUAGGUUUAAGCAUUUUAUGUGAAAAGGAGAAUGCCAAGCUUUAAAAAAGCAAAUAUACUAAGGCUGCAUUUUGUCUUCCGAUGGUUCAGCAAUCUAUUUUUACAUCAUGAUCCGUAAAUUAAGCUUUUUUUUUUUUUUUUUUUUUUU